AUGGAACCACUGGCGAAGAAGAUCUUUAAAGGCAUUUUAAUAGCUGAACUUCUCAGUGUUUUUGGAGCAUAUUUUUUGUUUAAUAAGAUGAACACAAUCCAAGAUUUCAGGCAAACAAUGAGCAAGAAAUUUCCCUUCAUCUUUGAAGUUUAUUACAAAUCCACUGAACAGCCUGGAAUAUACGGAGUCAGAGAGAAGAACAAGAAAAAUGGCUGA